AUGGAAGAGAAAGAUAAAGAUCUGACAUCUUUUGAUGGGUCUGCUUAUAUCUUGACCUUUGAAUCAUUUGAAGUGUCUCUGAAGAGAAAAGAAGAUAUAUCAGUAGUUGACAAGCGACGAUUAAAAUUCUGCAAGUCUACAAAGAAAAUUAAGUCAUCUUCCUUUAAAGGCGAAUGUUCCAAAUCAUGUACGAAGUAUAGAAAAACCAGCUCAAAUGGACCUCAAACGUCAGACAAACCGCAAACGUUGCGUGAAUCAUCUUAUCAUCAAAAGAAGUCCGAGACAAAGCCCACGGGGGAAAUGCCACUGUUCGCACAACUAAAAACGAAAAUGAAAGAAACGUCGAGGAAGUUGCAGAGCACCUUGCCAUUUUUUAAAAAGACGAGACGUACCAUGGCGAAAGUGAGGUCCUUGUAUAUCGGCUCCAAGGCAAAACGAGCAUUGGGAUUCAAGUGCAACCUGAAAAAAUGCAACAGUACUUUAAUGGAAUGCAGCGCGGGAGCUUGCAGAAAAAAGAGCAUGAUUUUUGGUGAACCUAAUCAACCAUGCAGUUCGAAAAUGGCCGAUUCUAGCAUCAGUGACACUUCGACAGUAUCGAGUACAAGUGAAGAUAGAUUUUAAACCUAUCA